AUUCAUUGGCCAAAACAACUUCACAGAGGAAAGUCAUACCUACGUUUGUACAAAAAAAUUGCAUGUAUAAGGAAAAUGAAUGGGAAGGGUCAAAUCAAAUGGCAAACGUUACUGUCUGCAAAAACCACAUCAUAAACUGAAGAACAGAAAAACAUACCAUCAUGCAUGCCAAUAAAGGGGUUGCCAAAUAUUAUUAAUCAUUAAAAUCACAAAAACAACAGCGAUUCCACACAGGCAAAACUAAACGCAAAACUCCACAUACAUGAUUAAAACGAAUCAUCUAUCAAUGGCAAAGAUCAUACAUGACAGAAAUUAGCCAAUCAAACGGACGAAGACAAAAAUACAUCGGACCAAAAUACAAAAUCAAUCACGAACAAAUAUCUGCAUAAAAAAUCUUUUACAUCAAACGGAAAUCCAUAAUACAUAUAUAUGUAUUACAAAUACUAGGACCCAUUUAGAUGAAACACGUUCAAAUAGUGUUCAAGAUAUUUAAAAAGAUAUAUAAAGAACGAAAAAGGAAGAAAAAGGAGUAACAUAUAUUAUUCAUAAAUAACAAACAUCAAAUGAUACCUGUUCUGGACUAACCAUUAAUAAAUUCAAAAAAAUCAUCUUAAAAAUAUUAAAUAACGGAGUAAAAACCAACAAUAGAAAAAUAAAAACAGAGUACAAUUAAGAUGGAGAGAAAAAAAGGGGUAGAAAUAUUUCAUCAACAGACCAAGGCUCUCAACAUAUUGUGUCCCAGCCCAAAUGUCUCCUCUAUCAAAAACAGUACCUUAGAAGAUAGUUUCAUAAAAAACAAAGGUAACAAAAAUAAAAUAUCUCCAAACAUCAAAUUAAGUUAUAGUAUAUAACUCAUAUGAAGGGAGCAAUCAAAAGGACACCACAUAUCAAGAUUGUUAUUCUAUUCCAAACGGACAAUUGAUAACUUCUGAUUUCUACAACAACCAUGAAGAACCAACCAAACAAAUUCCUGAGCCUAACCAGUCAAACAAUUCUUUAAUAAUUUCUCUAAGUCAAUUAUGUGACCCUUCCAUAUCCAGUUUCGACAGUGAUUGUUAUAUAAUAAACUCAGCCAACAUAUUGCCGACGUUUUUUCAUAUGGAGUUUGACAGCAUUCCGCUUGAAAAGCCGAACAGAAUACUCGGCUUAAGACAAGAAGAUUCAUUCACUGGGAAUGAUAACGUUCGAAAUCUCGUGAGGUUUCUGGCUAAUCAUCCCAGCGAAUGACAGACCAAAACAAACCAACAAAAAUAAACCCCACUCCCCCCGCUAACCCAAGAAUGCUCUUGCUUCUAACCAUAAAAAACCUUCUAAUCAGCCAGCUUGGUCCAUUCAUCGCUAUCCAUCUUCCAACAUAUCGUGUUGUUAACGGAUUCCCUUACUGAUUUGGUAUUUAUUUAAUGCGUUUCUUUGAACCUACCUGAAAUGUCCAACGUGAUGAAAUAUUGGUUAUUGCUGGAAUCGCUCAAUCUUCCAGGUAUUUCCAGAACUGCCCAAUUCGAAAAUGAAAAUGAUCGGGUGCUAGAAAAUAUAACUUUAAUUCAAAAAUCCUUAAGCCUAUCUCCAGAGGAAAUAGUUGGAUCAAUAGUGGCCAAUUUACAAGCCAAUCAUUUGAAGCAUAGAGAAAAUGAAAUAGCAAAAAAUAUGAGUAUAGAGGCCAAAUACUCUAUGUAUUCCUUGUUGAUAGUGCAAACAAUUGGCAAAAAUGUAAAUCUGCGUAGUGAUGCUGUGGAAGAUUUAAUUUCAGAAAAUCACAAAACCCUACUCAUAGCACUUUUGGAAGAUAUUGUGGAUAAAGGAGUAAAACCAAACUUGCAUUCAGGCUUUUACAAAAGUAAGGGCUCAAUAUUUUGCAGAAACGCUGAAAAUCAGACAAAUUUUUGCAGAGCGCAAUUAAUUGUGGAAGUGCUUUCCUCCAUAAUACACAUACCAACUUUGAGAUUGUCAGAAGAUAUAUUUCUAUGCUAUAUGGCAGCAAUAUUUAGUAUACUUCUGGCCUGUGAUGCCAAGGAAUAUACAGUGGAACAAAAUUGUCUGACAGCAUUACAAACGAAACUCAAUAAAAUAUGGACUGAUAUGCCCAAGGUGUUGUAUUAUCGCAAUUUAAUGCUUCUUUAUGGCAUAUUACCAGCAGAACAAAAACCAAGAAUACACAAGGAAAUGUUGCUGAAACUGUGGUCAAAUGGAGGUUUUGUGGCUCUAUUGUUUGCCCUACAAAAGUCCGAGAAAACGGAGGAGCAACCUAUAUCCCAGAUUGUUGAAAAAUUAGUGGCACAACCCUCAUAUCCAAGACGAGCCCAGGAAUCCAUGGUGCAACAAAUAUUACGUUUUCUGGCCACUAGUGUGGACAACAAAGAUUUGGGAGUUCACAUGGGAGCUGCCUUGGUGUCACUUAGAAGGCUAUAUGACAACAAUGAUGAAAACAAGGAGCUGGUGAAAAAAUGGCUUAAAGGACAAUUACAACCGUUGUUAGAGUUUCAUGAAGAUCGCAUCACUGUCAUGGAAUGGAAUGAAUUUUGUACUAGGAUAAGUUUGUUGUUUCACAUGUUUUGCACUUCCACAGUAGAAUGUAUGCCCAGUGAAUUAUUGACAGCAUAUUUGCCACUGUUGAUUGCUUGCCAUCAAGAAGUAUGUGAAUGCACUGAGAAAUCCUUUACUAUGGCAGUAAGCAAUCAUUUGGCCCAGUUAAUACUAAGAAUUCUUAAUAAUCGAGGAAAAGAAGAACUUAGGGGAAUCAUUAAGAGUUUUGUUUUGGCUCAAUAUCCCUUGGAGUGGCUGCAUAAACAUGCCAAUGUGAUAAUUGAAUAUGACCCCUUGCAAUUGGAAAGCCUCAGAAUUGUUCAAAAGGACAUGGAAUCUGAAACAAAUUCUUUAUUUUCCGGUCAUAUGAAUACAUUGUCCAUAAUUCUUAAAGAAUCCUCAUUUAGCUUGCUGUGUUACCACGUUUUCAUUACGCUUUUUGGGCUCUUUACCAAUUUGCCCAAGCAAUCUAGUGAGGAAGUGAAUGCUAACGAUGAUCUACUGCAAACUGAGGAAGAUGUGGAAAACAAAAUUGUGCGAGAUAUUACCCAAAAGUAUAAUGGCAAAAUUCAAAUCAUCAAUGCCUUGCAGAUACUGAUCACUCACAAGCCAUUGAAAAUUCUUCUAAUGGAAAACAUAAAGGAUGUGCUAAUCGUACUACAAGACAUGUUAGCGCUAUAUGCAGUUGAAACUGAUGAUGAUAUUGACUCAUCAGUGAUGACCAUUCUGUUAACUUUAAUGGGUGAAAUCUUGGAAAAUGCCACAGAUGUUAUGGAGGAUGUUAAAAUGGAAUUACACAAACAUUUGUCGAAACUGGAACCAAAAGUACUGAACCCAAAACUGAAAUUUCAGAUCUCUUGUCUGCGAAAACAAAUACAAGGCCCCACCAACAUCAAUGAUACAUCCAAGGAAAGAUUUGAAGAGGCCCGUUUGUUGUUGGAAUCACCUGAACCCUAUAUGCAAGUAGAAGGCAUACAGAAAUUUAUACAACUUAUAAGGGAGAAGGAUACCUUUACUCUGAAUAGUGUUCAUGUGGUCAGUGCUUUGGCACUGAAUACCUUAAAAUCCACAGAAUCCUAUACAUUUCUCAAUUGUGUGCGUCUAUUUGCUGCACUGGUGUAUGUUGAUGAGCACACGAUAAUGGAAAUAUUAUGCGACGAUUAUUUAAAUAACUCGGCAGCCACCGACUACAGAUUAGUUGUGGGAGAGGCUUUAUUAAAAGUUUGUAAGGAAGUUGGCCAACUAUGCUACAGAUAUAAGGGACUGCUUUUAAACACUUACAUGAGUGGUUGUCGUUCACCCUUGGAUGAGUUUCGUUACUCAUCCUUUUCAAAUCUAGCGCAGCUAUGUAAAAUACUGUCUUUUGACGUUCAUCAGUACUUUGAAGAACUACUGCAACUGAUAAAUUGUGAAUUAUCUACAGGCAAAUAUAUGCCCGCCAAACGAGCUGCUGUCAUGGUCUUAAGUGAUUUGUUGGCCGCUAUGGACAACCUUUUAGAUUACCAGGAUAUGCUAUUGCCCAUAUACAGGCUUUUAAAGUUAUUGGCUUCUACGGAAUCAACAGAUGAAAAAAUCCGUCUACAUGCAGCCAUAGGCUUAGAGAAUCUCUCUGUCAAAUGCAAAGAACUGCUCACAGCUAUUGGCCAACCUCAAUUGCAAAAGGAAAUUAAAAUAACCGGAAUUAAGGAUAAAGAGAAGAAAAAAUUAAACAAUCAUAUUCUUUAUAUGAAUUAAAUGGGACAUCUUUAAGAUAUGUAAAUAAAAUUUUCAAGGGAUUUAAUCUAA